CGAAAGUAACAGAAACAGAAAGAAACAGAAAGUGAAUGAAUUCAUGCGUAAAACAUAGAAACAAAAUGGACUCAUUUUUAACAUAUCUCUAUCUGUGUUCAGCUAUUUUACUGGUACAAUGUAAUCGAUGUCAGGAUGGCCAAAAGUGUCCAGACCAUUUACCGUACUGCACUCCAGUUGGCUGUGUGUUUCAAUGUCCAGAUGGUGUGUUUACCAACGGUUCAAACUGCGUCCAGGACUGUGCUGACCAGUAUAUAUUCAACAGUACAUGUGUACCUAAUUGCCCCGCAAGCAGUGGACUUAUCGAGGAGCAAAUUAAUUUCAAAUUCAAAAAGCUGAGAUUUUGUCGGUCACAGUGUGGUGAACAUACUUUUGCCUACAAUAAUACCUGCAUCAGAUCCUGCCCUCACGACAGCAAAUUUGUGGAGAACGGACAAUGUGCUAGCAAUUGCUCUAGUUUAAAGCCGUUACAUCUAAACAUUUCUGACGAUAACCGACUGGUUGGAAUCGAAUGCCGUGAAACUUGCAAUAAAUCGUCCAAGAAUCCAUUUCAGUCUACUAAUGAGUGUGUAUCCAAAUGCAAUGAAGGUCAAGUUGUUGUCGAUGGUAAAUGUCUGAAAGAGUGCCCAACAGACAAGCACGUUUUAAUCAGCUUAGAAGUGUGCAUACAAAUGGGAAAGUGUCUGCGGGUUUGGCCUGAGCAGAAGUAUUGUUCAGAAAGAUGUCCAGAUUCUUAUUUUAUAUACAAUACAAGUUGUGUACACAGAUGUCCUGAAACUUCAAUGUACGCGCUCGACGGGCAUUGCGUGAAGAACUGUCCAAUGGACAAACGGUAUACAUGUUAUAAGCCUGAAUCUUUAUAUUUUGCUGAAGAGAGUGUAAAAGGGUGUUGUGAAGAGUGUCCAUACCCACUUGUAGCAAAUAACUUUACAUGUGUCGAUGUGUGUCCGUUAGGAAUGAAAGAAUUUGAAAGGGCCUGUUUAUGGGUGUGUCCGAAUGAUACCCACGUUGAAUACGUAACAGAGAUUGGUAGUUUCCGUUGUGUAACAGGUUGUAAAAAAUACAUUAUGAAUAAUUCAUGUACCGAUUCCUGUCCAAAUGACGCAAAGUAUAUAUACGAAUCUCACUGUGUAGCCGAAUGUCCAAAUUCAUAUCCUUACAGGGUCGAGAAUUCAUUAACGUGCUUAAAAGAAUGUCCUAAAAACUUCAAGAAAAACAUACUUACAAAUGAAUGUGUUGAAAUUUGUCCAGCAGAGACGAGCGUCCAUGAAAUGACUUGCGUGAGCGAAUGUCCUAAAGGAUUCAAACAGAUAAAUAGUCGCACUAGCGAAAUGAAUUGUGUAAAAUCUUGUGAUAAAUAUGAACUAAACGAAACGUGUGUUGAUUCAUGUCAAAGUUAUUCUGCAAAUAAAACCUGUGUUGAGAAGUGCCCUAGAAACUACAGUUUCAGAUAUAGAGAGUCCUGCUUUGCAAUAUGUCCAGCCAAUACGUGCCUAAUGGACGAUGGAUUCAACUGUACUGACGAUUGCAUGAAUGAUAUAGGAAACAAUAAAUUGGUCUACACGUGCCCAAAAAGCUCUCCUUAUAUACAAAAGUACAUGUCAGAAAGACGAUGUGUCUCGGCAUGUGCAAGAAAUGAAGUUUUGAAUGACUUUACAUGUAUCAAUGUUACCGAUUGUAAAAGAGCAGUUUUAUCAAAUGGAAAAUGUGAGCACGAAUGUCCGGAGGGUUACUUAUAUAUGCCGAAAAACAGAAAGGAGUAUGCUUCGAGUGUAGGUGACUAUCAGUAUAAUGUAGAAGACGCAAAAGAAAACCCUUGUGUGACUGCGACCGAAGCGUACUUGAGUGUGGUAUUUAUCGGCAUAGUGGUGGUGAUGUAUGCAACAGGUGUUGUCAUUUUCCUUUCUAACAUACAGACUGGUGUAAAUAUAUGUGGACGUAAGAAAGAUCAAGAGUCUACCACGGAAGAGGUGUUUGAUCAUAGAUGUGGUGAAAGGAGCAAUGCCAAUUCGAACUGUGUUCAGGAUGUACCAGCAGCAAAUGAACACAGUGAAGAUAGAUGGCAAGACGGUGAACCUUUGCUAACACUGACUGAAAAUAAUGCACAGUCGGCAGGGAAUGGGGAUGUUCCCAUGUUAGAUCUGGCUGCCAAUACCAUACAGGACAGCAGUAAUAUUGAGGAAUAUUGCAUGGUUGAUAUACAUGUAGCUGGUAACCAUGGUGAAAUGAAUGAAGAAAAUGAAGACGUGCCGUUGCUGAGUGCUAGUUUGUAGACGACUGACCAUAGUUACAAAUCAUUUGCUUUAAAGCCAGCUUUUUGAAGCUUGAACAAAAAGUUGUGUACUUCUACAUGCAAUAAACCAGCAACAGCUGACUACUGACGUUGAUAUUACAUCAUUCUACAGUAUACUUUCUUACAUUCAACAGCUUUAAUUACUAAAAUAUCUUAGUUUAAAAAUAGGUGUCAUUUGUUUGGAGAGGAAUUUGGAAGCAUUUAGUGGAGAAUUUGCUGAGAAAUCAUACUACAGGGAACACUUUCCCUGUCUUUGGUGUCUUAAUUAAACCUGGUGUAUAGUUUUGUAAAAUGUAAAUAUUAAGAUUCAUAUUUUUACAUUAUUUUAAUACAACAUUUUACAUCAUAAUUAUUUUUAUAGACAUUGAUAUGUAUUAUUUGUUAUUAAAGUCUUUAAUUUUUUGGAUUAUAAUGUCAUUUUUGUAAUUUAAAAGCAAUUACAAUUUUUAGUUAAAUAUUUUGAACUUUCAAUUGAUUGCUAAAGGACUUUGUUAUUAGCACCUUAAGUGAAGCUUCUUAACUAUCAUCUCAACAACUAAUACGUACAAUAAACAAACUAUAAAUGAGCCAUGUCAUGAGAAAACUAACACAGUGUGUUUGCGACCAGCAUGGAUUCUGGUCAGGAUCUAUGCUGUUCGCUAACAGUUUCUCUAAUUGCAAUAGGCUUUGAAAGUGAACAGCAUGAAUCCAGACCCGACUGCGCAAAUGCGCAGUCAGGUCUGGAUCCAUGCUGGUCGCAGACGCACUAUGUUGGUUUUCUCAUGGCGCAGCUCAAAUAUUAGUAAGAAAUCAGUUUUACUUAGGCUUUUAUCAAAAUUCUUCAGUAUCUUAAUGAGUACAAUUGUCAUUUUUGACAGGAAACCAUCCUGAAAUUUCUUCAGGAAAAUAAUAUGCUUGACAGAGACCAAUAAACUCCAAUGUCCAAAUACUAUUCAAACUUGGAUAUUCUUGUUUAAUAAAACUGGAUUUUAACUAACAAGUGUGGACUCAUUUCCAUGCAUAACUUUUAUCUUUUACUACUUUAGGACUUUUUAUUAAUUCAAAUUACUUUUGUUCAUUGUUCAUAUUGUGUAAAUGUGAUUUUGCAUGGUUUUAAGAAGAAUAACUUCUGAAGAUACCAGUUGUAUCCAAUGUAAAAAUUACAUGUAAUUCAAGUGACUUAAUGAAAUAAGAUUUGUUAUCUAUUUUCAUCUUUUCUAUACCCAUUACUUUCUGUAAAAGCACAUAUAAUUUUGCGCAUUUGAAAUUUUUAGUAUGUUUGCAAGGUUUAAUAAUUGCGAAGCGAAAAUUAAACCCUCGCAAAAAUUUCUACUUUUACAGUAAAGCUACGAUAUCAGCUUAUUUCUCCCUUUUUGUUGGAAUAAAAAAACAAGUACAUUUGAAUAUCUAAAUAAGAAUCUCAUUCCCUAUUUUGUUAAAAUUCAAAUAUUGUAUAAUCAUUCAAAACUUGAAUAUUCUGAUGUAAUAAAAGUAGAUUUUUAACUAACUACAGAUGACACUGUCAUUUAUGGGAUUUUGAUUUAUAAGUGUUGUAACAGUCCUUAGAUUUUGUGUACGAUAUCUGAACUGAAGGUUGCAUAUAACAGCAUCUUAUAAUAAAGACAAAGUUAUGUAACCCAACUCG